AUGCAAGGUGAUAGAGGAAUCUUGGCCAAUUCUCCUGACAACACAGAAAGAGCUCCUGUCCAAAGGCUUCAGAGGAAUUUCGAAUGGGAGCAAUCAAUUCAAGGGGAAAGGAAUCAUCUUCUGGUUGGAAUUCCUAAGAUGGAAUUUCCCAAUUUUGAUGGUUCAAACCCCAAGGGAUGGAUUAGGAAAUGUGAGAAAUUUUUCCAUUUGUUCCGCAUUCUGGACUCCCAGCAAAUGGAUUUAGUAGAGUUGCAUUUGGAUGGAAAAGCUAGUCUCUGGUUUGGAAACUUGGGUGAGGAUGAUGUAAUAGAAGAAUUCAACAAACUUCAUCAAACUUUCAAGGUGUUGGCUUACCAAGAGAAGUUUGAGGAGUUGAGGGCUGCUGUUAUGCUUAGAGUUCCUAGUCUAUCUGAAUCGUAUUACAUCUCCUGUUUCUUAAGUGGAUUGAAGAAAGAAAUUAAAUCUGUAGUCAAGAUCCAUGAGCCCACUGCCCUGCAAUUGGCAUUUGAGAAAGCAAGAUGGCAAGAACACCAUUUGCAGGUCAUGUCCAGACAGUACAAAAUGCCCAUGAAGUUGAUUCCAGUUGCAGAUAUAGGUGUGAGGAAACCUGUGCAUGACGUGUUUGACAGUAGUACUAAUAAAACUGCUUCCCAAGCUCUCAAGAAAAUUACGCCCACUGAAUUUCAAUAUAGGAAGGACCACAAUUUAUGUUAUAAAUGUGGGGAGAAAUUUUCUCCUAGGCAUAUUUGUAAGAAUAGGGAGAUCCAUUUGUUGUUGACAGAUGAAAUUGAGACACUGGGGGUUGAGAUAGCAGAGAAGAGAAUGAAAUCAUUGAGUAUCAGGGUAAUGAGACAACUAUCUUCCAAUACCAUUGAAAUGUUGGGAUAUUAUGGUGAUCAUGAGAUGUCUAUUUUGCUGGAAAAGGGUAGUACCAAUUGUUUCAUUAGACCAGCCAUUGCUCAGCUAUACCCUGAAGCUGUUAAGGAUCAUAGGCCUUUUAAAGUGAAGAUUGCAGAUGGGAAAGAAUUAGUUUUUGAUGCUAAACCUGACGCUCUGAGUGGGGGGCUGGGGAGUGGGGUGGAGCAGGUGGAAGGUUUGGAGCAGCAACACGCUUUGCAGUUUGGCCCUAGUGGAACUCGGCAGAAGGGAGGUAGGCCGGCUAAAGCUAGUUUGAAACAGGUUCGGCUAUUAGUCCUGCUGGAACCAUUGUCGGAUCCGCCACAGAUGGAGGUGGUACGUCGAUCACUGGGAUUUGAUAAGGUUUGGGGUGCACUAAAUAACAAGGUCUGGGUUUUCUGGUUUAAUGAGAUAGCAGUGAGCUUCAGGGAACUGGCCGAACAACUUCUUCAUAUGCACAUUGUUUUCUCUUCGGGCUGUUCGGUUCAUUUUUCGGCAAUUUAUGCCCGAUGUUCCAGGGUGGGGCGCCGCGAGUUGUGGGCAGCAAUGGAAGGUUUGUCGGGUGAUGUAUGUGGCCCAUGGUUAUUGGCAGGGGAUUUUAAUGUUAUUUCCAGUUUGGAAGAGCGAGUGGGGGGGUCCCCGGUGAAUCAAAGAAAUAUGGAGGAAUUUAAUGAGUCGAUUGGAAUUUGUGGGUUAGCGGAGGUGCCUUUCGAUGGUGCUGCUUUUACAUGGACGAAUGGGAGGGUGUGGCAACGAUUGGAUAGGGCAUUGAUGAAUCGGGAGUGGGCUGACGGGUAUGAUCUAUCGCAUGUCUCACAUUUGGCCAGGGGCCGUUCGGAUCACGCUCCUUUGCUGAUAUGCUGUCGGAAUGGAAGUCCUCCCAAACGCUCAUUUAAGUUCCUGAAUGUUUGGCGGGGCCAGCCUGGGUUUAAGGAGGUGGUCAAGCGAUGUUGGGAGAAGUCGGUGGAGGGAGAGGGGAUGCCGAAGUUCUAUAAUAAAUUGAGAGAGGUGAAGGGUGGUCUACAGGUCUGGAAUGCCCAGGUUUUUGGAAAUAUCUUCAACAAUGUAAAGCAAGCUGAGGCCAUGAUGAAACAGCGAGAAGAGGAUUUUGACACAGGCCAAGAUCCUGCGUCCAGGGCUUCACUGGAGGAGGCCAAGGCGGUUUAUGCACGGGCCUUGGCUGUGGAAUGUGAGUAUUGGAGACAGAAGGCGGGUAUCAAAUGGUUACAGGUGGGGGAUGCUAAUACGGCAUAUUUCCACUCGCGUUAUAGGCAGCGACGGAAUUGCAAUUUUGUGGCUCGCAUUAAGGAUGCGACAGGAGCAUGGUUGGAGGAUGAACAAGACAUUCGGAGGUCAGCAGUGGAGUUCGUGUCCUCCUUGUUUACUUCUGAGCAGAAUGGGGGGCAACCUCCAACGAUUCCCUUCACGCUACCACAGCUUUCGGAAGAGGAUAAUGGGAUGCUUUCUGCGCUCCCUGAGCUGGCAGAAUUGCGAGAGGUGGUUUUUGGUUUGGAGGCUGAUAGUGCACCGGGGCCUGAUGGAUUUGGAGCAGGUUUUUACCAGGAUUGCUGGGAGUGUAUUAAGAUGGAUUUGCUAGAGGCGCUGAAGGCAUUUUUCCAAGGUAUGGGGUUACCUAGGAGUUUUACUAGCACAUCUAUUGUUCUCUUGCCUAAGAUCGCAGGUGCCAUGUGCUGGAAGGAUUUCCGGCCAAUUAGUCUUUGCAACACUUGCUCCAAAAUUAUUUCAAAAUUGGUUGCUCGUCGGUUGGGGAGAGUACUCCCGACAUUAGUUUCACCGUGGCAAACGGGCUUUGUUUCGGGACGGGGGAUAACGGAUAACAUUCUACUCACCCAGGAGUUGGUGAUGGAUUUAGAUAGGCGAUUGCGUCAUCCGAACAUCAUGCUAAAAUUGGAUAUGGAGAAGGCUUAUGACAGGGUCGAGUGGCCAUUUCUGUUGUUUAUGCUGAGGCAAUUUGGCUUUCAGGAACGGGUGGUAGAUAUUUUCUAUAGGUUGGUGUCCAAUAAUUGGUUUUCGGUCUUGGUUAAUGGUGAGCCUGCUGGUUUUUUCAAGUCGUCCCGGGGUGUUCGGCAGGGGGACCCGGUGUCGCCUGGGCUGUUCGUGUUAGUGACCGAAUUUUUGGGUCGUGGCCUGCACCAUUUGUUGGACUGUCGGCCGGGAAGGUUCUUUGUCUCGGCCGGGACUCAGGUUCCUUAUCUGGCUUUCGCGGAUGACAUGCUUGUUUUUACCCGAUGUUCCGAAAAAUGUCUGAGUGCAGUCAAGGUUUUUCUAGAGGGGUACCAACAGGUAUCAGGCCAACGGGUGAAUGUCAAUAAGAGUGCCUUUUUCUUGGCGGUGGGAGCCACUAUGGGGCAGGAGCAGAUGGUAGCGAGGGUCCUGGGCUUUCAUAGGGCUUGUUUCCCUUUUACGUAUUUGGGUGCCCCUAUUUAUAAAGGGCGCCGGCUAAGUUCGCUGUUUGAUGGUCUUGUGGCUAAAAUGAGGGACCUUCUUGGGCACUGGAGUACUAAGAUGCUAUCUUUUGGGGGUAAGCGGGUUUUAGCUCGGCAUGUUCUUUCUUCGCUGCCGAUGUAUUUGCUUCAGGUGUUGAGCCCUCCUAAGGCGGUGAUCACACGUUUGGGCAUCAUUUGUAACUCCUUUUUGUGGGAUUGUAGAGGGGAGAAGCGUCUCCAUUGGGCCGCAUGGGAAAAGCUGUGUUUCCCUACUGAUGAAGGGGGUCUGGGUUUUAGGUCGUUUAAGGACAUGGCUCGGGCUUUUGCAGCUAAGCUAUGGUGGCGUUUUCGAAGUGGAGACUCCAUUUGGGCGGAAUUCAUGCAUGCAAAAUACAGUAAUGGAUGUCAUCCUUUGGCGGCCUCGUCUGUCCGGCCUUCCCAUACUUGGAGACGUCUUGAGGCGAUUAGGAGUUUGGUGGAGCCGAACAUUAGGUGGUGUGUAGGGGAAGGUCUGGUGGAUUUUUGGAAGGAUAGAUGGGCUUUGAAUGAGCCUUUGGAAGAUGUGGUGGAUGGAGCAGAGCAGCCGCAUUUUCUGGUUUCGGAGUUUUUGACGAAUGAGGGCUGGGAUGAGGUUUGUCUUGGCCAAUGGCUUCCGGAUUCGGUUAUCACUGUAAUCAAGGACGUUCCAUUUGAUGUUUCUCAGAAGGAUAGAUUGGUUUGGUUGCCUUCUACAUCGGGGUUGUUUACGGUGAAAUCGGCUUGGGAGGUGCUACGGCAACGCAGGUGUCCUUCCUUGGUCGACUCACUCCUUUGGCAGCCAGCUUUGCCGGCCAAGAUGUCAUUCUUAGCGUGGCGUUUGGUGCGGAGUUUUAUCCCUUUGGAUGUGGUGUUGAGGUCACGGGGAUUGGCGAUUCCUUCCAGGUGUGGGUGUUGCUUUGGGGAGGAGGAAGCUCUCUUGCAUGUGUUUGUUUCAGGGCCGAUUGCAUCGGAGGUAUGGAAGAGAAUGUCUAGCCGGUUUGGGUUUCAGUUGUGCAACUGCACAAGCAUGGCCGCGGUGUUUAUCGCAUGGUUUCUGACGUCUGAGGCUAUGUCGAAAACCCAUAUUAGGGUGCUCAUUCCAAUUGUGGUGUGCUGGUUUCUCUGGCUGGCAAGGAACCAAGAGCGUUUUCAAGGAGGGCGUUGGGAGGUCAACAGGAUUAUUCGCGAGGUGGAUAGCUUUAUGGAGCAGUUGGGGAGGGCAAAUAAGCUUUGUCGGUCCCAGUUCUCAGGUGAUGCCGAUUGUGAGUUGCUUCGGUGGGUCAGACGGUCUCCGAGGCGGCGGUCCCCAUGUGCGAUUGCCUGGGUCAGGCCGCCUUUUGGGGAGUUUAAGUUUAAUUCGGACGCCAGUGUGCUUCAAGGGAGGGCCACGGGGGGUGGGUUGCUGCGUGACUAUCAGGGGAAGUUGGUUUUUGCCUUCUACAAGGAGUUCGGGGAUCAGGGGGUGUUAGAGGCAGAGUGUAUGGCGUUACUCUUUGGGUUGCAGUUGUGUCUACAACGGGGUGUGUAUCCUUCAUUGGUGGAGGUAGAUUCCAAGGCCUUGGUGCAGUUGGUUGUCUCUGGGGCGAUUGCGAAGUGGCCUCUUUGUAACAGUUUAAGGAAUGUGAGAGGUCUUCUGGAGGUUUUUUCGGCUGCCAUUUCACAUGUAUAUCGGGAGGCCAACGUACCCGCAGAUAGGCUUGCAGCGGUUGGGUUAAUUGGCUCUCAGGUUUAUGAGCAGGGACACCAGUUGCCGGCGGUUGUUCGGUCUGCCAUUUUACUGGAUUCACGGGGAGUCCCAGGGGUUAGGUGGUUAGCGGAGGAUGGCUAG